UACAAUACACUAACAAGCAGGGCAAGAGAGCAAUAACGGCAAGUUUUGGCACACGAUGAUGGAGCAAACGCUGCGCAAACAACAAACAACGACAACCACUCGCAAAUCGAAUCCAAAUCCAAAUCCAAAUCCAAAUCCGAAUCCCAGCGAAGCGCCAAGCAUAUCCACUGCAGCCGCACUGUCCAACACUGGCAGCAGCAGCAGCUCCUCCACAUCCACCUCAUCAUCAACAUCGACCGCCACCUGCUCCGCCAAUGUCAGCUCCAUCGUUGCCAAGCAACGACCGCCACCGCUGAAAACGGCCACGGCCACCGUCACAACGACUCUCGUGAGCAGCAAUGAGGGCGGCCAGCCGCUGCCGCUGGCAAUGGGCAUGGCUGCGGGCACGGGCGGCACCUUUCGUGGAGCUGCCACACUAACCACGCCAUCAACGCCACGCAUCGAGCUGAGCCGCGCCUCCAGCUCGUCCCAUCACGAGGAGGACAGCCGCGAGAGCAGCCCGGAGAAUGUGUUCGAGCAGGUCGGCACUGGCACCCUACAGGAAACAAUUGGUCUCGGUUUCCGUGAGGAGGGCGCCUUGGAGUUGCGCAGCUCCACCGAAGAGCUCUAUUUCAUGGAUCCAGAGCAAAAGAAAGAGGAGCAGGAGCGCAUGCAGCAGCAACAACAGCAGCAGCAGCAGCAGCAACAGGGCAAGCGGUCGUCGCCGCACAUCUUCAAGUUCGACGACCACCAGAGCUAUCUGCAGCAGCAUCAGCGCAAGGACUCGGCCAGUUCUGAGGUGGCCGCUCUGCUCUGCAUCUCGGGCCGCACCAGCCGCAUCUCGAGCGUUGGCAGCCAGGGCUCGGCUGUCAGCCGCCUGUCGGCUGUCUCCUGCGUCUCGCGCUCACCGUCGCCGCAUCGCAUGCUGCUGGAGACGUCGUUCUGCGGCCCCAAGCCCGUGGAGAGCAACGAUGGCGCCAUGAGUGGGGCUAGCAAUGCCUCAACGGCGCCCAGCUCCGCUCAGAGCUUGGGCGAGGCGACGCUGGCCGUGGAGCAGCUGCUGCUGGCGCGUGCCAAGCACGAUCCCACCCAGGUGGUCCUCGCCGAAGGAAUCCAGAUGCAAAUGCAGCCGCCCAGCACCUCGGCACGCCGCACAAAGCCCACCACGCUGCCCAACGGCGAGAGCAGGCCCAGCAACACUAGCGCCGCGAAGCCCAGCUCCAGCUCCAGCUUCAGCUCGAACGCAAUGGGCGCACAGCGACGCAGCACCAAGAGUCCUGGCCAAAUGGUCGUCGGCAAGACGCCCAGCGGCACGGAAUACAUACGCAUCAAUCUGCGUCCCGAUCACAUGUACAGCGACAAGGGCAUUGCGGCCAACGAGCGUGUCGUCGAGGCGCCCAACCAGCUGACGCCCGUCUACUCGAAGAGCUCCCACUCGCAGUCGCAGUCGAAGCCCGCCUCGCUGAGCCUGCAGGGCGGCGGCCUAGACGAGCAUCGCUUGACACCAACGGCCAGUCCGAAGCCCUCGCGGCAUGCCAUGCGGCUGACCAGCCGCUCGCCAUCGCCGGCUGCACCCGCUGGCGCCACAGUCUCCCGCAAGAGCUCGUUCAGCUCGCUGUUUCGCUUGGGCAAGGAUUCGCCAGAUUCGCCGCGUGAGUCUUCCCGGUCGCGCAGCAAGAGCAAAGAGCGACCAUCGACAGCGAUGGCGCUGAUUCAGGCGCCCGGCUCACAGAACGUGACGCCCAGCAAACAGAAAUCGGUGCUGGCCAUCUUCAAGCCGGGCAAGCGGGGCAGCAGCGCCGGCGCCGAUGGCACCAAAAGCUCAAAGAGCUCCUCGCCCAUCGAUUGCGCCGAGCCGCCGCCACCGCCGCCUGUGCCAGGCGCCGGACGCAGUCGCACGCCCGCCGGCUCGCGUCCCAACAGCCGGCUGCGGUACUACGAUGAGCCCGUGGAGGGUGUCAUACACAUACCGCUGCACACGCCGCCCGAGGAGCGGGAGGCGCGCACUCUGCUGCAGGGCAUCCAACAGCUGGCGGCGCCUUCGCCACCGCCCAUGGAGCGAACGAGGAUUAUCAGUGCUGCUAGCAUUGCAGCGAAAGCUCAGAGUGCGCCAGCUCCCGCCGGUGCCGGCGCUCCGAUCACUGCCAGCCAGCUGGCCGCAGCGGCCGCAGCACUGCGUCCGGUGGGUCAGCGCAAGGCGAGUCAGCCACGCGGCGAUCUGGAUGCCAUACAAACGCUGCCAGCACAGGAGGAGCUGCCGCUGGAGCCGCGCGCCUGGAGCAACGAACUGCAGCGUCACAGCGCACAGGAGCCGCAGGCCAAUCUCGCCCAGAUCACGGAGCACGUGGUCGUCGAGGUGCUGCGCGAGAAUGGGCUGGCCGAAAUGCAGCGCCUGCCCUCAGUGGACAGCACGCAGAGCGCCUGCGAGCCGCGCUUCGUGCAGACCGUGGCCACGGUCAAUGCGCCAGUGGAGGAUGCCGCUGCCAAGGAGCGCAGGCGCCUGCUGUUUGCGACGCGCCUCGGCUCUGGCAGCCAGGAGCAGCUGUUCUCCACACAGUUCAGCAUCUCGAAGACGGAGAGCCAGUCCAGCCAACUGUCCGAGCAAGUGCAGCUGCCCGACUCCAGCUCGACCACGGCCUCCGACUGUACCACCGAUGGACUCCAGCGCCAGGGCACGGUGAUCAGGCGUGUGGACGCACCCGCCUCCGCCCCACAGCCGACGGCGCGCUCCAGCUCCGAGGACGAGCAGCAGGCAACAGGUGCCACAAUUGUGGUCAGCAGCGCCGUCGUCAUGCGCUCCAAGCACAAGUCCCGCUCCAACUCCGAGGAGGAAGCAACAGCAAUCACAGCGCCGCCCACUGCACCGCCGGCCGCCGAUGUGCGCCACUCGCGCUAUCUCGAGAACUUCGAUGUGCGCAAAAAGUAUCACGAGAACGUGACCGAAGCCGUGACUGAAACUGUGACUGCAACUGUGCCACGCAAGCCCAAGCGACAGACCGCACCGGAACCGAAACUGACCAAGAGACUAGACUACUUAGAACGUGCCUCUAACGAGGUUACUAAGAGUCUAGCCAUGUCUUACGUUCGAGUGCUGUCCAAUUCCGAAUCUGUGUAUUCCUCCUUUUUAGCAACCGGCGUGACUCUGCAGGAGCCAGAGCCGGAGCCGGAGCCGGAGCCGGAGCCGAAUCCAGAGCCAGAGUCGGAAAUGAGAGCCGAACCAGAGCCGCAGGAGCUGCAGGGGCUGCAGGGACUGCAAGGGCUGCAGGAGAUGGAGGCAUUGUCGCCAACGCCCACACACGAUGAGCGCUCUGAGCGCCACUCGACGGACGAGCACGAGCCCAUUGAGUCGUCGGAGAGCGAACGCGACUCGGACAUGGCCGGCAGCUCAUCGAUGACGACGGCCGUGCCAAUGGGCAUGGAUGCGAAACGGCAUCAUUUUCCGCGCAACGUGUGCUUGAUCGAGGAGCACGAGAGCACCGGCCUGGUCUCCCAGGAGUCCUUUGACGACGAGCUUCCCUAUGUGCCCACAACACUGCCCGAGGAGCGGGCCCAGGGCGUUCCGCUCAUUCCCAUGAAGGAGCGCGCCAACAUGGAGCUGAAGACAUGUCCCGUAGACCGGCCACGCUCGACCACGCCAUUGAAUCCCUCCCACCUCGAGGAGUACUGCACGGGCAUGGGCAUAAUGACGCCACAGGAGUCGCCGCACGAGCUGGAGGCCGGCUACACGGGCGGACCUGUGCGUGGCGAGAAGCUGCGCAUUAGCCUGCCGCGCAAGGACUCCACCGUCAAGGACAAGGCGCAGAGCAGCAAGUCGCCGCGACGCAUCUCCAAUGCCAGCGGCAAGUCCUGGUUCGAGUUCGCCGAGGAGGGACUGCGCGCCAACAAUCUGGAGCGCAAGGAUUCCAACAAGCAGCUGCUGCCGACUCCAGCUGCAGCAGCUCCGCUUCCGCAGCCCACACCAGUCGGCCAGGCGCCCGCCAGCCUGGAGGAGCCCAAGCCGAAGGCAUCCACACAGCGCAAGCUGUCCGGCCAUUGGAUCGACUUUGAGAACAUACCCGAAAAGCGGAAGCCGGCCAAGCGGAUCACCACGCUGCCGAAGGACACAAUAACCACCACCACGACGACGGCCAUGACGAGCGCCUCCUCUGCCGGUGGCUGCACCGGUGCACAUCGCAACUCUGGCCAUCACCAUGGCCAUGCUCACGCCCACGCCCACGCCCAUCACCAUCACCAUCAGCGACCAGAUGUGGGCUCUGGUGACAAGCUGCACUACAACUACGUCAAGCCCGAGGACUGCCAGUGCGAGUGCCACGAGGCGGAGCGUGGCGAAUCCUCUGCGGCCACAGCGAUCACCACUAGCACCACAGCCGACAAGGACAAGGAUACCAGUACGGGCACGGGCACGGGCACAGGCACUGGCACUGGCACGGGUACGGGCAGCGAUUCGCUAGCUUCGGUGGAACUGCUGCAGCAGGGCGAGGACACGUUGCCGCUGCUCGAGCCUGAAGCGCAAACGGAGACCAGAGUCUACACGAAUGAGCCGCUGCCACCGCCAGCGCGCCAUGGCAACAAGAACACGGGUCAAAGGUUGGAGGAGUUUCCACGACGCGACGCCGCAUCCAGUUCCAGAAAUCGCAAGUUUCCCGAUAGAAAAUAAACUGUU